GCAAAUGACAUUUUCCUGCAAAGCCGCGCCGGAGCCAAUCGCUCCCCGCACCGUGCAGCCAAUGGAUGCCGGGCUCUUCCAGCCCCUGCCAGCGGCUCCGCGGCUGGAGGGCCUUGGACCAGCUGUGCCAGCGGCGUUCCUGCCCGCAGCCCUUUGCGGGGGUGCCUGGCAUCCCUGCUCCUCCUUCUCCCGGGAAUAACGCUGCCGCUGGGAGCGCUCGGGGUGCCGCGGCCGCUGCGGGGAGCGCGCCGGUGAUUGGGGUAAUUUGGGUGGUUAAUUUGGGUCUCCCUUCAGCACUGCCACGGCCUCCUACCCAGCAGAGCUGCUCCCCAGAGCCAGAGGGAUGGUGGUAGUCACGGGGCAGAACAAAGUGAGUGCCACCCCGGACGAUGCCAUGUCGAGCUCGGAUGCAGAGGAUGAUUUCCAAGAGCCGGCCACUCCCACCGCCAGCCAGGCAGGACAAGCGCUACCUCUGCUGCCUCAGCAGACUGUCCACGCUGCGCAGGUACGAGGACACCAUGCUGGCAGCCAUGUUCAGUGGCAGGCACUACAUCCCCACGGACGCUGAGGGCAGGUACUUCAUCGACAGGGAUGGCACCUACUUCGGAGACAUACUAAACUUCCUACGAUCUGGUGACCUGCCCCCCCGAGAGCGAGUGAGGUCAGUGUACAAGGAAGCUCAGUAUUAUUCCAUAGGACCCUUGCUAGACAAUCUAGAGGAUAUCCAGCCUCUUAAAGGAGAAAAAGUUAGACAAGCUUUCCUGGGCCUAAUGCCAUAUUACAAAGACCACUUGGAGCGGAUAAUUGAGAUAGCCAAGCUGCGAGCCAUGCAGAGGAAGGCCAGGUUUGCCAAGCUGAAGGUGUGCGUGUUCAAGGAGGAGAUGCCCAUCACUCCCUACGAGUGCCCCCACUUCAACUCGCUGCGCUUCGAGCGCAGCGAGAGCGAGACCAAGCUCUUUGAGCACCACUGCGAGGUGGACGUGUCCUUCGGGCCCUGGGAGGCCGUGGCCGAUGUCUACGACCUCCUGCACUGCAUCGUCACCGACCUGUCCGCCCGCGGCAUCACCGUGGACCACCAGUGCAUCGGCGUGUGCGACAAGCACCUCAUCAACCACUACUACUGCAAGCGCCCCAUCUACGAGUUCAAGAUCACCUGGUGGUGAGUGGGGGCUGAGGAAAGAUCAAAGGACUCCCAGAGGGCAAAUGUUCUUCCAAGGUCGCCUGGAGGUGAGUUGUGGCUGAGCAAAGGGAUGAACGGACUUCUAGAGGACAAACGUUCUUUCGAGAUCGCCUGGUGGUGGCACAUCGAGGACUUCUAGAGGACAAACGUUCUUUUGAGGUCGCCUGGUGGUGGCACAUCGAGGACUUCUAGAGGACAAACGUUCUUUCGAGAUCGCCUGGUGGUGGCACAUCGAGGACUUCUAGAGGACAAACGUUCUUUCGAGAUCGCCUGGUGGUGAGUUGUGGCUGAGCGAGGGGAUGAAAGGGCUCCCCGAGGAUAAAUGUUCUUUCAAGAUCACCUUGUGGUGGCACAUCGAGGGGUGAGAGGACUUCUAGAGGACAACUGUUCUUUCAGGAUCACCUGGUGGUGAGUGUGGUGGCACUUAAAGGACACGUGUUCUUGGCAGUUGCCUUGCUGCUCACAUUCCUUGGGAUCAGCCUGCUGGCAGGGGUUGGGAAAACCUCUGGAAACGUGAAAAAGCAGCCUGAAAUCAGACUGUUGGCUCAGGUACCUUAACGAGGCACAAAACAAAAUCACCUCAUGCAAAGGAUGGAGGGGAGUGGCGGAACAUCUGCUAAAAGGUGCCACCGACCGCGUGGCUUCGGGAUGGAAUUGCAGAUUUUUCCUGCAUUUUGGGAAUCUGGGGUGCUACUAAAGCUGACAUUUGAGUUUUACCCUCUUAGAAAUGUUUUCGUUCCUCCUUCAGCUUUAUAAAGUUUGAGUCACACCCAGCACAAAGAUUCUGGAAAUGUCAUUUUGAUGUACUAGGUACUUAAAAUAAAAAAAUGGAGUAUUCCUUAUAUAUUAUUAAUUGUUGUCAGGGUUAAGCUGUAUUUUCUUUUUUAAUUAAGAAUCAACGUUGUGAAUUAUAAUGUUGUACUUCAAUUAUUUCUGUUGUUAUCAAAAGGAUAGCAGAUCUGGAAUAUAUUCCUUAAUGCUUUUAGGAAUAAUAACUGUUCAUGGAAGACUUGUGCCUGUUUUUAGCCUUAGAAAUUUUAAAUGUUUACAAUAUCUACAAAAAAAAAAAAAAAGCUCUUUAGAAUCAGGUCAUUUACAAAGGCUUUUGGUAAAUGAGAAAACCCUGUCUGUAUGUUCCUAUUAGCAGUAGUAAGAGAAUAUUUAAUGUAUAUUAUUUUAUUAUUGACUCUUUUUACAUUCUGUGAUAUUAAACUUUAUUUUAGACUUAAAGUCAGAUGAUAUUAGACAAGUUUUUUUUUGCUAAUGCAUAUUUUUCUGUGCUGCUAUAGCUUUUCUUGCCACCUUAUCAUCUACAAAACCACUUUUCCACCCUCACACUCCCAAAUCCCUGUGUUUGUGAGCAGUAAAUGGUCUCCUGUCCAUUUGAAUAUUGGAGGAAUGGUGGGACAGUUGAAGGAUAUUUAUUUAAAAUUAGAAUUGUUAACUAUUUUUUACAUUGCUGUGUGUGAACAAAAACAUGACAAGACCAAUGUUUUUAACAUUCCCUUUAUAUCCUUUGUGAAGUGGUUUUUAACAGGGAGCAAAGGGAGCUCUCAUAUGAAGUGAGAUGGCCAAUUCCACAGCACAUGAAAUGUUUCUGCAUCUGUUUUAUCCUUGUGAAAUAGGAAGGGAAAAAAAGAAAAUAAUAAUAGGAAAAUUAAAAAAAAAAAAAAGGAAAAUAACCCUUAUGAAGCACUCAAAAAUGACAUGAAAAGGUGUUUAUGUACAGCAGCCACUUAAUGGCUGCUGAGCUCAAGAGUUUAAAAAAAUAUCUAAAAAUAACUUUUGGACUUGGUGUAGACUUUUAACUUGAAUACUCAAUAUUCUGCACAGGGAUCUGAAAUAUUCCUUGCUGACCUUCCAUCCUCCUCAGAGGAAAGUGAAGGUGCUGCCAGCUUUGGUCUGGGAAGCCUUUGUGCCAUACACAGAUCCUCUGUGGUCCUUGUGGGGCAUGGGCUGGAUUUUUAAUUUUUAUUUUAACCUAUAAUGAGGGAUCAGUUUGUUUUUUUUUUUUUUUUCCCUAAAAAGCUAAUUACUGAUAUAAUUAAAGGUUUUGUAGCUUCAUGUGGAAUUUGCAAGCCUUGGGAGCCCUCGUUGCCAGGUUUACCCUCACUGCUCAUUGUUUGGAGGUGACAGGGGACAUGAUGAGGGGGAUGAUGGAAGUGGCAGCAGGGAAGAAUUCCUGUCAGAGCUGCUUGUUCCCAUUGCAGAGCUGUUCUUGGUGUUUGGUCUCAGCUCUUGUGCUGUGAGGCACAGAACAUCCACCCCAUUUGUGUGAGCCCUCCACUGCUCUCCCAUUUGUGAGUAAAUCCAUCGUGCUGUGGUUCUGGGAGAUCAGAGGGUGGGAGAACCCAGUGGCUGUGGAUUGCAGCAGUGACAGGUGAGUCCUCAGGGUCACACUGCUUCAAUCUGCUUUACAGCACCUUGAUGGCACAGAUGGAUCUCUCUUUUCUGCAUGGCAAAGCAGAGUGGUCACUUGGGACACAACUGCCUGGCAGGUAAGGGCAGAUUUCAAAGCAGACACCACAAAAAAAUGAUCCCUUAACUCAUUCUAAACUCUGGGAUCUUCUUUCACUUCUUUUACUUCUUUCAAUUCUCUCACUUCUUUUGAUGACUGCUUUACCCUGGACAAUUUAUAGACCCCACUGGCUUUAAGUUGUGGUUGGCAUUACUGAGCCCUGAAAAUGUUUUUAGGUUUUCACACAGAGGACCCAAGAUAGUUGUAAAUUUUGGGCUAUUAAAAAAAAAAAAAAACCCUCCAGUCUUUCAUUAUCUUUCUGCAAAUAACCUGAUUUCAGAGGAUAAUUCUGUUCUGUUACUAUCUCCUGUAUAUAAUUCUCUAACUGGAAAUCACUUUCCAGAACAGCAGUUCAUAGUCAUUUUACUUACACAAGCUUAGUAUAAGUUUACCUCCACUUUCACUGUGACUUUUAUAAAUGGAUUUUGUUUUGCUGAAUUAUAAAUUGUAUGUGUCUAUGCAUUGUAACCCGUAAUGCCUUUGAAAAUCCAGCCUGGAUGCUAAUGAUCAGGGUUUGGAAUUAUCUCCAAAUGUGUUUUGUUAGUAAUUAUGUUGAUGUGUGAUAUUCAAUACUGUGAGUACUGCAGUAUAUUAUUUCUUAAUACUUUUGACUUUUCAGUUCAGGUAAUAUAUAGUCUGUAUGUUUUUUAUUUCAAACACAUAGAACAAAAUGCGGAUAUAAAGGUUGUGUUGUGCAAUAAAAGAUUAUGAUACUGAAACCUUGGAAUUCUGGCUCAUCUGGUCUGCAGCCACUGCAGUGUUUUUCCUCACUUUCCCUGAUAUUUGAGUGUGCUUUGCCUGACUGCAAAUGAAAAUUAAGCCAGGAAU